AUGGCUUCCCCUGAGCGCAUUCGAGCUCAGCCCGAACUGGAAACAACAGACUCAUACUCCAAACCCAGCUCCACCGACCAUGAUCACGAACUCCUGCGCUCGCUGGACAAACUGUACAUCUCCACAUCUCCGGCAGCGCAGUCUUCGAAUUCCCCAAGCUGGAAGUCGAAUGCGCAACUAAAACAAGCGGUCGAAGAAUCCUCGUCCGCCUCUCCAAGCGCCAGAGCACCCCCGCGCAGUCCUGUGAAUAGGGUCAGUCUAAAUGGACUGGGCUCCGGUACUCGAUCAGCAACACCAAACCUACUUCGCAAGACCUCGACGAGUUCUCUGCGCUCGUCUGGCGCAGCCACUCCCAGUCGUGCACCCUCUCGCAGGGGCAGCACAACAACAUUUCUAUCGCCAACCGCCACCAGGUCACCAACCGUUGGUCUGCCGAGAAAUAUGGAAGACUUUCAACAAAAGCCAGCUCCUACAGCUGCGUCAGUAGCAAGCGCUUACAUGAAGAAGGAACUAGAAAUGCUGCAUGCGACGGGAACGGACCAGCCCGCAGAGACUGUCGUGAUCUUACAUGACGCUUGCUACGGACACCGGUACUCGAGACCGCGCACCUCGAAGAAUACACUCAGCACCAUCGUCGAGCGCCCUGAGAGAAUACAAGCCAGUGUUCUUGGUGUAUCAAUUGCUUAUGUUCGCCUGGGAGAACGACAUUGCGAUGGGAAGAAUCCCUUUCAUCCAGGCCUCGAUCCGACGACGAUGCCCAACAUCCCCUUUCGCAUCCACAAGACCACCCGCAGUCUCCCGUUGACCUCCCCGGCUGUGACGAACGUCCAUGGGAUGAAAUGGAUGGAGGAGCUGAAGGUUAUGUGCGAUUCUGCCGAGACGAACCUGGACCUGAAAGGGGGUGAACUUCGAAGACCAGACAUGAAUCGGGGACCAGAUGCAGAAACUCCGCCGAGACUGCACGAAGGCGACCUCUAUCUGUGCUCCGAAUCCCUGGAUGCUUUCGAAGGAGCUUUGGGUGCCGUCUGCGAGGCGGUCGACGCGGUCUUUUCCAAAUCAGCCCACAAACGCGCAUUUGUCGCCGUGCGUCCACCCGGCCACCAUUGUUCGGCAUCCUACCCGUCGGGUUUUUGCUGGGUGAACAAUGUCCAUGUUGGAAUCAUGCAUGGGAUUCUGAACCAUGGCUUGACGCAUGUGGCCAUCAUUGACUUCGAUCUGCAUCACGGAGACGGAUCCCAGGCUAUUGCGUGGCAGCACAACCAAAGGGGGCUUACGAAGAACGCAGCCGCAUGGAAGAAGACAUCCAUCGGGUACUUUAGUGUCCAUGACAUCAACUCAUAUCCAUGCGAGUACGGCGAUGAAGAGAAGGUGAAGAACGCUAGCUUGUGCAUCGACAACGCUCACGGACAGAACAUCUGGAACGUUCACUUACAUGAAUGGAAGUCAGACGUCGAGUUCUGGAGGCUAUACCAAUCCAAAUACUCCAUCCUGUUGGAAAAGACUCGCAACUACCUACGACUUCAGACGGAGAGAUAUCGUGCUUCCGGCCAGGUACCGAAAGCCGCAAUCUUUUUGUCUGCGGGAUUCGAUGCGAGCGAAUGGGAAGGCGCUGGGAUGCAGCGUCACAAGGUCAACGUGCCCACCGAGUUCUAUGCACGACUCACGCGAGAUGUGGUGAAGAUCGCCUCUGAGGAAGGUCUGAGUGUCGAGGGGCGAGUCAUCAGUGUUCUUGAGGGCGGCUACAGCGACCGUGCUUUAUACUCGGGAGUCCUCAGUCAUCUAAGUGGCUUUGCUGGAAGCGAAUCUCUUGCUCCUAAGGAUGAACCCGCAAGUGCUACGAGCUAUGAGAUGGGCAAUAGGAUUGGAUCUUACAGCCGACGAAGCACCCUGAAUGAGAACGAAUUGAGAUCGCUCAAGGCCCUCGAGUUUCCGUAUGACCCGAAUUGGUGGUCGGUUCCAGAGCUGGACAGGCUUGACGCGGCCAUGGUCGCUCCUCCGCCAGCAUCUCAGAAACCUCGGAAUAUCACCCCCGGAAACUACUCAUCCCCGACGCAAGCUUCUAACGCAAAGCUGACGGAAGCUGCCAAAGUCCGACGUCCUUUGUCGGGUCUAUCGCCUUCGCAGACCAUCAUCCCCAGAGCGCCCACUCCACCACACCCUAAUGUCCCUUGGACCGCAGCGGCACACGAACUGAGCAAGCUUCUCAUCCCGAGUGGUCGUCAAACAAACAGCUGCAAACACUCGGAACUCAACGCCGAGGCCACCAAAGCCAGGCGUGAUCGGCAGUCACUGCAGAUUGGCAAAGGUGCUUCGAAUGAUGCUUCAGCACCUCCUCCGCCAGUUGCACCUACUAGAAUGUCUCUACGGGAGAGGAAAGCCAAGCCCAACUACUUGGAUGAAGAGGAAGAUGCCAAGUCCCGACGCAAGACGGUUGGAGGCCCGACUGGUCUUUCGGCCGAAAAGGCCUCUGCUCGUGGAAUACCUACACAAAACGGCACGAAACAUAUUGGACAGGCGAGCAGAAGACUCAGUGCGGCAUCAACUCUGACAACUAUGCAAGAUUCGUCAGAGCCUAAAGAUCCAGUCCCAAGGCCUGGUAGUUCACAGAGCAUUCGAUCUGAGUCGUCUAUGAGCGUACGGACCCAGGCUUCCACCGUCCUGAACGUGAAGAAAACGCGUGCAGCGGCACCUCCACGGAAAGACAGCGCUCGAGCGCCACGAGCACCAAGGAAAACUAAGCCGGCAGUUUCAAAAGCGAACCCAGCUAUAGCUCAGCAGCCGGCUUCCCCCGCAAAGGCUACACUGCCGGAGGCCCCGAGUGGGAAAGCUCAGUUGUUGCCUCUGGACCAGGGGCCUGCAGCUGGCUCAUCUAGGGUAUCGACUCUAAAUUCAUCCAAUGCUACAGACGACCUGGAGUCGAUUACGAACGGGAUGAAGAAAAUCAAGAUUAACGUGCUGACCAAGGAAAAGAAGGAGGCGAAGCAAAGAGCUGAGGCCGAGAGGAAGGCAGCAGCUGACCAAGAGGCUGCUCGACAGGCGAAACCCACAGCUGACAAGGUUGGGAUUGGGAGCCCAGCAUCCGAACAGAAGCCUGUGCUGCCAGUGACUGGAACCUUGAGCGAGGAAGAAAAACGCUCUGUCGAUUUGGCAACGCACAACGCUGGUUACCAAGCACCCACAGACCAGUCACCCAAUUUGGAAACCCCAAUCCACCAGUACGAGCAGCCUCCGCAAGUGCACGCCAAAGUCGAGUCGGCGGUUCCAAUGGCACCUGCCAUCAAGACGCCUGCUAAGCCAGGACCGGCUCACACACUGUUCAGGCUAGACUCUCCCGAUCCAUUGCAAGCUACGCCCAGACCGGCGCAACACGAGGAUCUCUUCGUGCAAUAUCAGCCUCACGGGCCUCCUCCACACACAAUUCCUCUAUCAGGUCCUGUACGGAUUCUUGACCCCAACACUGGUACACCGGCUAGGCCGACCCAAUUGCACCCGCCAGUGUUCACACCGGCAUCAGUUCCCCCAAGCCCAGCACGGAAGGGUGGACAUGGGUUUACUGCGACUUCGGCUAUCCCAUUUGCUUCCCGGCCGGUUCAGGAGACCCAGGCUAUGUCGAAUGAAAACGUGACGUUUCUCCCGCAGCCUACCGUUAAGGCUGAUGCUCAAGACGAGGGUGUAUGGGAGAUACCAGAGACUCCGGACAACCGGGGUUGA